CAAGGUGUGAAAUGUGAUCACUAACUGCACAGAAAAGACACUGUUCAGUGAGACAAACUACCUCAGACUUUUGUAAAAUCGUAUGUAUGAUGCUUGCAAGAGGCUCCUGCAGUCCCUCAGUUGUGCUGACUUUGAUGUGAAAAUCUAACACUUUCCACCUCUUGUGACUAAGUUCCCUGACUAAGCAAAGAUGAACAUUUCUAACACAUCAUCCUCACUGAACACGACAGGCGAAUAUGCACCCAUGGGAAAAGAGAUCAUCGUUAUUCUGGUCUUCAUCAUACUCAUCAUAGUGGUGGGAAACCUGCUGGUCAUCAUUGCAAUAGCACGAACUCCACAGCUUCAAACAACGACAAACAUCUUCAUUAUGUCCCUAGCAUGUGCGGACCUCAUCAUGGGGGUCCUCGUCGUGCCUCCUGGGGCCACUGUUGUGGUGACAGAUAAGUGGCAACUUACUGAAUCAUUAUGUGACCUUUGGACUUCUAUUGAUGUCCUCUGUGUGACGGCGAGCUGUGAGACACUUUGUGUCAUAGCAGUGGAUCGGUAUAUAGCCAUUACCAGACCGCUACGACACAAAGUUCUGCUCAGUAAGUGGCGUGCCAGAAUAAUAGUUUGUAUAGUGUGGGUUGUGUCAGCACUGAUUUCCUUUAUACCAAUAAUGACUCCGUUAUGGAGAGACGAAAGUGAUGAUUUGGCGAGGGAGUGCUAUAAAGAUCCCGAAUGCUGUGACUUUGUGACCAACAAGACCUAUGCUAUAAUAUCCUCUAUAAUCUCUUUUUACAUUCCACUGCUCAUAAUGAUAUUUGUUUACGCAAAAGUCUAUUUAAUAGCAUCCCGGCAGGUCAAGCAAAUAGAUAAGAGUCGGAUGCGCUUCCAAAAUGAAUAUCCAACACCACAGGCACAAGUUGGCCCCCAGGUCAACAAUACGCCGUCAUCGUCCAGCAACUACAACAGUGCAGCGAGGAGCAAGAGUACCAAACGCAGGCCGUCACGGCUAAUACUUGUCAAAGAGCACAAGGCCCUGAAGACUUUGGGCAUCAUCAUGGGGGUCUUCACUGUUUGCUGGCUGCCUUUCUUUGUCGCCAAUAUCAUUAAUUCUUUUAACAAAUUAGUUCCUGAUAAAAAACUCUUUCGACUGUUAAACUGGCUUGGUUAUAUCAACUCUGGCCUCAAUCCCAUCAUCUACUGCAGGACUCCAGAGUUUCGCACUGCGUUCAAGAACCUGAUGGGCUGCCCAUGGAUGUCCACUCUGUGGAUCAAUUCUUUUUAUAAAGAACUGCGGACUCGCUGCCCCUGCUUUCUAUGGGAAGCUGAGUCAGACACAGCUAGCUCUUUUCAGAAGACUUCAACCAGUAGGACUGAGGGCAGUGACAGCCUGGCCAGUACACAGGGAAGCAGCAGAAGUGAAGAGACUUCCCCCGGUCCUCCACAGUCCAACGGCUGCACACAGUACAGUGACUUUUCGGAGCCAGAAACCACGUUGUGA